AUGUCGCUGGACUUCCGGUUUCCGCUCACCUGUUCCACCUGUGUUACAACGCAGACUCAGCUCCGUCCCUCCUGGGCUUAUACCAUGAUGACAGAAGCGCUGACCGAUUUAACCGCAGCGAAAGACGGCGUGGAAACUUCCACGAUGGUAAAAAGCGAGGAUAUGAGCCAUGCGGAGCAGCCAAUCUUUAACGCGCUCGGGCGGGACAACUCAGCGGCUAGGGAGAAGCCCAACAGCGGGACCAAGGCACCUGCUGCGAUUGCCAUGAUGUCCACCGCCUCUGACACCGAGUCCGGAAUCUUCUCCGCUGAGAGCGAGAUGUGCGUGGAGCACGAGUACGAGUUGGACUGCUUCUGCCAAACUGACAUGAAAGUGAUUUGCACCCAUUGCGCCGUUGUAGGCUCCUGCCAAGGGCAUAGCGUCACUCCUCUGGCCGACAGAGUCACCGCAGUCCGGAAUCAACUGGUGGACGCGUGUGAGAAAAUGCAGCUGCAGGCGCUGAGGAUAGAAAAGUUCAUUGAGCAAACGCUCACAGGCAAGGAGAAAAAGCUUCAGGUGGCAGCGAGCACGGCUCGGGAGCGGGUGGUUGCUCAGGUCAGUGUUGCCCGCGAGGCCCUUGAAGAGGAGGAGCAGCGUCUCCUGGAAGAGGUACAACAGGAGGAGGAACGUGUGGAGCAGUGCCUACUUACCCAGAGGGCUCACUGGGCCCAAGCCAUGGCCAGCCUAGCACGAACACGCUCUCGCCUGGUGCACACACUAACGCACGCUCCUGAUGCACAGCUGGUGACAAGCAUUCAGGAGAUUGCAGAAAGAGUGGAGGAGGCUGAAGGAGUGGGUGAACCGUACGAUACUGAGCAACUCAAUAUGAAGCCAUGCUGCAGUGACAGCCACCUGCUGAGGGGAAUGUGGGCCACCGCCAUGCUGAACGGCUCAAACACUCACGGUUUGUCCUCUCUAAAGUUUGAUGAACGCACAGCUAAUCCUCUCCUGUUGCUCUCCGACGACCGCUGCUCGCUGACGUUCCUCCAAAAGAAACCCCGGCAGACUCCACCCUAUGACCCGGCACGCUUUGACAGCUGGCCCAACGCCCUGGGCUCCCUGUCCCUGUCCUCCGGGACUCACAGUUGGAAGCUGGAUGUUGGUCAUAGCGCCGCGUUCAAGGUGGGCGUCUGCUAUGCCAGCUUGCACCGCAAAGGCUCAGGGGAUGAGGCCCGGUUGGGACACAACGACCAGUCAUGGGUUCUGUCCCACUACAAUGGUGAGUACUCUUUCUGGCACGCGGGCGAGAAGGUAAUGCUGCAGGUGGCGACGAGACCCCAGAAGGUGGGGGUCUUGCUGGACUGGCCCAGUCAGACACUGCUGUUUUAUGAGCCUGAGUCCGCCUGUGUCUUACACUGUGCUGCAUAUGACUUCAGCGCCCCCUUGCUACCGGCAUUCGCUGUGACUGACCAAAGUAUAACGAUAGUACACUGA